UCUCAGAUGUGUUUCGGUUUUUUACCUGAUAAAGCGUAUGUAGUUCGUAUUUUACUAUACGCAAUCGCAAAUUAUCUAUUUUUAUUUACAUGUGUUUUUUUUAUUUCACCCUUUCUUUAAUCGUUACAUCUAUACAAUCGGUGAUAAAUAUUGAUUCGGUUUAAUUGUUUUCUAUUUCGAUAGUUUUUUCCCUCGCUUAUUACCGUUACACAUAAAAUUCGUUGUUAUUCGCGUUGAAGUUCGUUUCGUUUUUUUUUCUAGUUAUUCCUCUUUUUACGAAUACGAGCGUUUGUUUUGUUGUGAAUCUAGCACGAAAAACAUAAUAUUUAUUACAUUUUAUGUAACGUAAUUCUUCUUACGUUUUUUUGUUGUUUUAGUUCGGGUUUUUUGUUCUUUUUUCGUGCUCAGUGGUGAAUGUUGUGGUGGAUAGUAAACGUUAUCUGUGGUGUUUUAUAUUGUUUUAAAGGAUCAUCAUCUACGAAUGUUGGAUGUGUCUGAGGUGCCAUUGAAGUAAUUGAGAUCUCCAAAUGCUGAUAAAAAGCAAACAUAAAUAAAAAAAUGAACGAAGAUUAGCGAUCGUGAUCAGCGAGAGGAGGACGAGGACGACGCUGUGGUCGAGAAACACAGCAAAAUGAGGAAACGAAGUAGCAGCACUGGGAAUGGCGGCAGUAAUACAAUGCUGUUGUUGUUGCUGCUGAAUGCAGCCGCCACCACCCUAGUAAGGGGUGAAUUUACGCGCGACUUGAAAAUUUCGGAGGGCGCUGCGAUCGGUACCCAGAUCGGUUUCAUCGAAGACGGUACGUCCAGCGAAGGAGGCCCUCCGUAUUUGAUCAUCUCGGUGCCGGGCGUGUCAGCUGAUACGGUCCCGGUCGAUACGGAUUUGGAUAUUGAUCAGAAAACUGGCGAGAUUAAGACCAAGGUGGCGUUAGAUCGCGAGAAAAUAUCGACGUAUUAUUUCGUAGCGAUAUCGCAGCAUGGUCCGCAGAUCAGAGUCAACGUGCACGUUAUCGACGAGAAUGAUAAUGCUCCUACGUUUCCGACUCCGACGAUGAACAUCGAGUUCCCGGAGAAUACGCCCAGAGACGUGAAACGUACGUUGAAUCCGGCCAAAGACUUGGAUAUCGGAAACUACAACACGCAGAAGUAUAACAUCGUUUCGGGGAACGUGAAUAACGCCUUUAGAUUAUCGUACCAUCGCGAAAAAGACGGCGUGUUGUAUUUAGAUCUGCAAAUCAACGGAGCCCUCGACUGCGAAACGAUCCCUUCGUAUUCGCUGUUGAUCGAAGCCCUCGAUGGUGGCGUGCCUCCGCUCAAAGGAUACAUGACUGUGAAUAUCUCCAUCCAAGACGUCAACGAUAAUCAGCCGGUGUUCAAUCAAACGAGAUAUUUCGGCGUUGUGCCGGAAAACGCGACAGUUGGUACGAGUAUCCUUCAAGUGCACGCGACCGACGCCGAUUCCGGUGACAACGGAGCUGUUGAAUAUGCCAUCAAUCGUCGCCAAAGCGACAAAGAUGCUUUUUUCAACAUCGAUCCAGUUACCGGGUUGAUUGCUGUCAAUAAACCGUUGGAUUUCGAAACCAAAGAAGUACACGAGCUCGUAGUGGUGGCCAAAGAUCGCGGACUUCAGCCCCUGGAGACGACUGCUUUCAUAUCGAUCAAGGUGACUGAUGUGAACGAUAACCAGCCUUCGAUAAAUUUGAUUUUCUUGAGCGAUGACGCGACGCCCAAAAUUUCCGAAGGUGCCGAACCUGGUGAAUUUGUGGCUCGUAUCUCGGUCAACGAUCCGGAUUCGAAGAACGAAUACUCUAACGUGAACGUAACGUUAGAUGGCGGAAAUGGACAUUUCGGAUUGACUAAACAGGAUAGCAUUAUUUAUCUGGUUAUCGUAUCUAUGCCCAUAGAUAGAGAACUGCAGUCGAAUUAUACCCUCGGCGUAGUAGCCACUGAUCAAGGCUCACCCCCUUUACACGCGUUCACCACUUUCAACCUUAUGGUAACCGACGUGAACGAUAACGCGCCGGAAUUCGAGCAGUCGCAAUUUUACGCCAAUGUGGUCGAAAUCGCCGAACCGGGCACGUCUGUUUUUCAAGUAACCGCUACCGAUAAAGACGAAGGUAUUAAUAGCGAGAUUAAGUACUCGUUGAUCGAGAACUCCUACAAUAGACCGUCUUGGUUCGAGAUCGAUUCGAAAAGCGGACUUAUUACGACCAAAACGCACGUCGACUGCGAUACCGAAGCUAUGCCUAAAUUAAUCGUCGUCGCUGCCGAUAAAGGAAAUCCCUCGCUUUCCUCGUCCGCUACCGUUGUAGUCACCAUUCACGACGUCAACGAUAACGAGCCGAUUUUCACGCAGACUUUUUACAACGUUACCAUACCCGAAGAUAAGCCCAAAGGAUCGUGCGUGCUUAAGGUUUCGGCAUCUGAUUCGGAUUGCGGUGUUAAUGCCAUGGUUAACUAUACAUUGCUGGAUGGACCUUCGAAGAAUAAUCCGUUUUACGUCAAGUCUAUCUCGGGUGAUAUAUGUAUCGCUUCCGAAUUAGAUUACGAGACAAAAAACGUCUACGAGUUUCUGGUCAUCGCUACAGAUAGAGGUGGUUUAAGUGCGACAUCUGCUGUAAAAAUCACCAUCACCGACGUGAAUGACAACGAGCCCGUAUUCUCGCCCCGCGAAUAUCGUAUCAACUUUCGCGACGAUGUGUCGAGUAAUACGCCAAUCGCAGUGAUCCGAGCUUUUGACGCGGAUUCGGGCCAUUUUGGCGCGGUUUCAUAUCGUUUCGCGAGUGGUAACGACGAAAAUUUGUUUCGAAUCGAUCGCAAUACCGGCGAGUUGUUCGUAGUGCGUACAAAAUCGUUGUCGUAUAGUCGCCAGUACGCGUUGAAUAUCUCGGCUACAGAUGGCGCUGGUAGCAAAUGCUUGCAAGACGCGCAAGCUUUCAUUAGUGUCGCGAACGCGGUGCAGUUCGAACGUGCGAGAUAUGAGUUCAACGUGUUGGAAGAUGUGGCGGUGAAUACGGUGCUGGGGAGUGUCAAGAUCAAUGCGUUUUUUAAAGGCGAAGAUCAAAUAGUCAAGUAUUUCAUCCAUAGCGGCGAUCCCGGCGGAUGGUUUGCUCUGGAUCCGUUCAGCGGCCAGCUAAAAACAUCGUCUUUUUUAGAUUACGAAAAGUUCAGCUCGAUUUUACUAAACGUACAAGCGAUCUAUGGGAAUACGCCUUCUACAACUUAUACCCAGGUGAUCGUAAAACUAGAAGACAGAAACGACAACGCUCCGGAAUUCGACUCGAAUCCGAUCCGAUUAUCUGUACCGGAGAACGCAGUAGUCGGAGCGCCGUUGUUCGCCGCCUACGCUCGUGAUCGAGACUCGGGCCCUCGAGGCUCGGUCCGCUACUUCCUCUCAUCCGGCGGCAGCUCUGGCUCCGGUUCGGCUUCAUCUUCAGCCGCCGAAACGGGCUUCUUCGCUAUCGAUCCGGUAGCCGGAUUGUUAUCGUUGACUUCGCCGUUGGAUUACGAAACUAGUCAAAGACACACGUUAGUGAUAACCGCCUCGGACGAGGGUGAGCCGCAACUGCAAACCAAUCUGACCGUUUUCCUCGAGGUACAAGAUGUGAACGAUAAUUUUCCGGUGUUCGAGCAAACGGAAUACUCGAUCGUGGUAUCGGAGUCGUUACCUAGUCAUUCGCAGAUCCUGCAAGUAAUCGCCGUCGAUUUGGAUACCGGUAACAAUGCAAAAAUAUCCUACAGAUUGGCCGAAGCUAAAACGGAAAAUGGUCUACAAGAUGAUGAAUCGUUCGGCGUGAGCUUGAACAGCGGAUGGAUCUAUCUGAAGAAACAACUGGAUCGCGAAACGACCAAUGCUUACACGUUGAAAAUUACCGCUUCCGAUAACGGCACACCCAGAAAUACGGCUACCGCCAUGGUGCAGAUUACCAUAUCCGAUUAUAACGAUAAUGAUCCGCAAUUCACAAGGGAUCUGUACGAGUACGCCGUUGAAGAGAAUAAACCUCGGGGGACUGUCUUCGGUAUGGUCAAGGCGACUGAUAAGGAUGCUGAGAAUAAUGCCGCUGUGCGAUAUAGUCUGAUACCGAGCAAUUCCAGCUUCCAGAUUAAUCCGUUCACAGGAGAAUUAUCGACUCGCGAGCCAUUAGAUCGUGAAUUGAAAUCUGUUUAUGAAUUGGUAGCCGAGGCCAAAGAUCAAGGUACACCUUCGAGGAGUUCUAGAGUAGCGGUACGGAUCAGAGUUACUGAUGUGAAUGAUAAUGCUCCGGUUCUGGACGAUCCUCAAGAAGAUGUAAUCAGCGUAAGAGAAGAACAACCUCCUGGCACAGAAGUGGUUCGUGUUAGAGCGAGUGAUCCCGAUGAUGGAAACAAUGCUACUUUGACUUAUUCCAUUUUGAAAGGUCGAGAUACCGAUGGCUACGGAGUAUUUACGAUCGAUCCGUUAACUGGAAUAAUGAAAACUAGAUUGGCAUUAGAUCACGCCGAACGUUCUGUUUAUCGAAUCGCAGUCGCAGCCACCGAUAAUGGUAUUCCGCCAAAGCAAACGGUUCGCGUAUUACGAGUCGAGGUGUUGGAUGUAAAUGAUAAUAGACCGACGUUUUCAAGUUCCAGUAUCAUAUUCAAGAUUCGCGAAGAUGUCCCAGUAGGUUACAUAAUCGGUAGCGUUAUCGUGGUAGAAAACUCAGCUCAGGCGAACAGAGGCCACAUCAUGUACACGUUGAACUUCGUCACACCAGCCGAAGUUGAAAAACCAUUCGAUAUCGAUCGCCGAUCUGGAUCAUUAGUCGUCAUCAAAGAUCUAGAUCGAGAAGCGUGCCCGGAAUACAGACUAGAGGUUCGAAUCUUGGACACGAGUGCAAAUCCUCAAAGUAGCGCUGUCAUAGUCAAAGUGGAGUUGUUGGAUGUUAACGAUAACGCACCUCGUUGGAUGACCGACCCGUUGAGGAUCACCUUACCGGAAGAUUCUCUGGUUGGAACCACUGUUUGGAAUUUUUCUGCCACUGAUGCCGAUACUGGAGCGAACAAGGAGAUUAGAUACGGAUUGGUGAGCCAGUGGCCGGCUCUGGAGCAGCCUGUGUUCUCGGUUGAUUCGUUGACUGGUAAUUUGAUCUUGAACGCUGGGUUGGAUUAUGAGAAAAUCAAGGAAUUCACGUUGAUUGUUCGAGCCACCGAUCAAGCCGUUGAUUUGGCUGAUAGGAAGAGUACAGCUUUGACUGUUCAGGUUUUCGUACAAGACGUAAACGACAACGCUCCUGUCAUCGUAUCUCCCAUCUCGAGGAAUCUAUUUAUCGGAAACGGCUUAUCUAAGGGUACCAUCAUCGAUCGAAUCAUCACCUCUGAUCCAGAUACGGGCGAUAAUGGCCGCGUCACCUAUGUCAUUACAUCAGGCAACGAUGCCGGAUAUUUCGCCGUCAACUACGAAACUGGUGACUUGACCGUAGCUCGAUCGAUUCACUCUGUGGAGAAUUUCAUCAUAAACGUGACCGCCUCCGAUCACGGUACACCGAUUCCAAUGCACGCUCACGUAUCUCUCAACAUCAGCACUCGAGCCAAAGAAGAAAACCAAUUGAAAUUCACUAAAAAUGUCUACUACGCCAAUAUUAGCGAAGAUCUGACACCGGGUAGCGUCGUAUUCGUCGUAUCGAACAAUAUCAUCAAAUAUGCAUCGGGUCUUGGAACAUAUUUACGUUAUGAAAUCCCUCAAGGCAGUGCUGACAACACGUUUGCUUUAAAAGAGAAAGAAAACGCCAUCAUAUUGAAUAAACCUUUGGAUCGUGAAACCAAGGAUCAAUACGUGAUACCGAUUUAUGUGAAGGAUAUUCAAACUGGAAAAUUCGAUUCGGCUGUGAUCAUCGUGAACGUAAUCGACGUCAAUGAUAAUGUACCCUACUUCCAUCCCGGAUCGUGUUAUCCGCUCUAUGUUCCGGAAAAUAUGGAUGCUUCGGUGAUCCAUACUGUGGUGGCUUUGGAUCGAGAUUUGGGAAAUAACGCGAAAAUCAUCUAUAAUAUUAUUGAUGGCAAUAUUGGCAAUAAAUUCCACGUCGAUUCCAUCAGCGGUGAACUUACAGCUCAGUCGUUGGAUCGUGAAACACAAUCCCAUUACCAAUUGACCAUCGCAGCUCAAGAUUUAGGUUCCAGCGUAUCCCUUACCGGAUACUGCAACAUCACAGUUUACGUAGAAGAUGAAAACGAUAACGAUCCUCAGUUCGAGAAACCGAUGUAUCUAGUCAACGUAGCCGAAAACGUACCAGUUGGAAGCACUGUUCUGACAGUCAAAGCUGUAGAUUUAGAUUUGGAUUUGAACGCUCAAGUGAUCUAUUCGUUGAGAAAUGAGACCGAUUGGACGUUCAGGAUAAAUAAUCAGACCGGAGCAAUUACAACGAAUCGCCCUUUGGAUAGAGAAGAGCAGAGCGUGUACGCUUUCCAAGUGGUAGCCAUCGAUAUGGGACGGUACAAAUCGCAGUAUCAAACGGUCAACGUUAAAAUCACCGUAGAAGACGUAAACGAUAACUCACCAGUUUUUUCCAAAUACCCUUAUUUCGCUCAGAUUUCACCUUACGUUCAUAUCGGAUCGGAAAUCGUUCGGGUAUCGGCUACCGAUCGCGAUAAAGGCGUUAACGGCGAAGUAGUGUACAAAUUUUCCGAAGAUUACCACUCGAGCAAGUUUAGAAUCAACACGAACACCGGAGCUAUCAGUUCGGUGGCUAGUUUAGCGAACGAUGUGGGUAAAACGUUCCAUAUCGAGGUGAUAGCUUCAGAUAGAGGAUCUCCGGCAUUGAGUUCGAGUAGCUUGGCUGAAGUUAAAGUAGUGGAUGGAUACGAUAGUUCUUCGGUGGUUCUGAAAUUCCAGAAUAUUUCGUACAGUGCUCAUAUAGCGGAAAAUUCGCCGGCUGGAGAGACUGUGAUACAGGUAUUCGCGUUGAAAAGCGACGGCAGAAGGCAGAGGAUCAGCUACAGUUUCGCCUACGGCAAUGAAAACGAACCGUUUGAGAUAAACUCGAGUAACGGAUUGAUUCGCGUGCGUAAUUCAACGGUAUUAGAUUACGAGACGAAUCCGCAAUUGCAAUUGGCGAUCGUUGCCCAAGAGAAUAGCACUGGAACGACGUUAUUCGCAUUCGCCGAACUGACCGUCUACUUGACCGAUCUAAAUGAUAACACACCGGUGUUCACGCAGGACCAGUAUUUCACCUCGGUGCUCGAAGGUAUCAGUAAAGGGACGUAUGUGAUACAGUUAUUGGCAGUGGAUGGCGAUUCGGGACCGGAUUCUAGAGUAUCGUAUCAUAUCGUCGAUGGGAAUCACGAUAACGCUUUUAUUAUCGAGCCACCGACUUCGAACGUGAUCAAAACGAACAUCGUUCUCGAUGCUGAAAUCAGAAACACGUAUAAAUUAACGGUGAUCGCAACCGAUGACGGAAUACCUCAGUUGACCAGUACAGCUACAAUACGAGUCAAUGUGAUCGAUGUGAACGAUAAUCAGCCAUCUUUUCCUCCUCAUAAUUCCAUCACUGUUUCCGAAAACGAAGUUGUAGGCAGCGUGAUAACAUCGGUGGUAGCCAACGACGUCGAUUCCUUUCCAUGGCUGGUUUAUUCUAUGGAUAGCACAGAAGACGAAGAUGCUUUGGCAACGUUUGCCAUGGAUAGACAUAGCGGUCGAUUAGUGCUGAAGAAACCGUUAGACUACGAAAGGAAAAACGAAUAUAAACUACGAGUGGUCGCUUCUGACCGGAAACAUUCUGCCAAGACAGUGUUGACGGUGAAUAUAGCCGAUGAAAAUGACAACGCUCCUGUAUUCGACCAACCAUAUUAUCAAUUCACUUUAUCAAGUGAAAAUACUCCAUCGUACAAUGGCCCUGUUACCAAAGUUCAUGCUCGAGAUGCAGAUUCAGGAGAUAAUAGCGUGGUUAGUUAUUCGUUGAGUUCGUCUAGUCCUGGAUUCAGUAUCGAUAUCAUUACUGGAAUUAUUACCGUUAAUCAAUCUCUCCUAGGAAAAGAUUCGUUGCAAAAGGGAUUCUUCGAUAUUGUGGUCAAAGCUACGGAUAAUGGAGACGAACCAUUGUCGACUGAGGUGCCAGUCAAGUUUGAUACUAGGUUUGGAAUUCAUUCGAAUAUAGCGUCCGCUCUGCAGUCUGAGUAUAGGAUAUCGGUUCGUGAAAAUGCACCCAAAGGAAAAUCUGUGCUGCGGCUUAAUCCAACUGGCUCGCCGGAUAAUUCUCUGUUGUACAAGAUCAUCGAAGGCAAUGAGAAACAUCAUUUCGAUAUCAUCGGACCAUACGGAGAUAUAAUCAUAUCAUCAGCCCUGGAUCGCGAAACCGUAGACGUGUAUUCGUUGAAAAUCGCCAUAGGACACAACACAUCGAUAGCUCGAGUUCAUAUCGUAAUCCAGGACACGAACGAUAACGCUCCGGUGUUUAGCGACUUCGAACCAAACCUAGUGAUCUCCGAAAGUACAUCGAUCGGUUCACCUUUAAUGCAGUUUCAUGCUUCUGAUAACGAUCUACCUCCAAAUUCAGACGUCAGAUACGAAAUAGUCUCGGGCAACGACCGUAACGUGUUCGCGAUCGAUUCGAUAUCUGGAUUGUUGACUUUGAAAGAACCCUUAGACUACGAUUGCGGAUUUGUCGAGCACAAUUUGGUGGUGAAAGCGAGCGACGUAGCCAAACCACCUCAGGAUUUACCUCUGAGUUCUUUGACAUCGCUUAGAAUCAGCGUAACGGACGAAAAUGAUCACGAACCGAAAUUCCCCAUCUCCGAGUACUUGGAAUUUGUAGCCGAAAACGAGCCCGUCGGUGUGACUGUUUUUAUCGCCAAAGCUACCGAUCAAGAUAAAGGCAUUUAUGGUAAAUUGAACUACUCGAUUAUUUCAUCGGCCGCUUCAGGAUUCGCAGACGUAGACGAUUCGUGGAAAUUAUUCAAAGUUAACCCGAGCACCGGACUAGUCGCCACGAAUGCUGUAUUCGAUUACGAAACUCGUAGCAGAUAUGCUUUCACGUUACUAUCUUGUGAUACCGGAGGAAAAUGUGCCAAAGUCAAAGUACGAGUCGAGAUCGAAAGUAAAGACGAAUUUUAUCCUCAGUUCACCGAACGUACGUUCAGAUUCGUUAUCUCCGGCGACGUACCAGUUGGUUUCGUUGUCGGUCACGUCACAGCGACGGAUCGUGAUAAAGGCCCUGAUGGCCGAAUUGUCUACCAGUUGACCACCCAGCAUCCUUAUUUCAAGAUUAACCGAACCAAUGGCGCUGUAAUGAUCAAAAAGAAAUUAGACAGUUUAACCAGCGAUCAAGAUAUUAGUCUCGUAGUAAGCGCCAGCUCCGGUAGACAAGGAUCGUUCACCAAUAACAGUAUUGUAGAGAUAGUUUUCGAUCAACUGGCUGCUCCCGGAAUCAAUCUGGCUAGUUCGGGCGAUACAAUGGCGACUUCAUCGUCUUCGGUCGGUGAUUGGAUCCUCGUGUUCAUCAUUUUAUUCAUUUUGGUCGUCGGUGGAGUUGGAGGAUUCUUCGUUUUUCUACAUUUUCGUAACCGCAGGCAAAACAACGUGAAUAAAUCAAACCUCGGUGGAGCUACGCAACGUGUCGAUACGUACGUCGAUCCUGGUGCUUUUGACACGAUGCCUAUUAGAGGUACGGUUACUCACGGUGUUACCCAAUUUGGACCUCCUAAAUAUGACGAAAUACCUACCUAUCGAGCUACCAACAGUGGCAGUAAUUCGGCCGCUGCUACGACUAGCGAGCUUUCCGGUUCGGAGCAAUCUGGAUCUAGUGGACGAGGUUCUGCUGAAGAUGGAGAAGAUGUCGACGAAGAGAUUAGAAUGAUUAACGAAGGCCAAACUAGACAACGAAGGAAUCCAGACGAUGAUAAUCUGUCAGACGUAUCCGUCCAUAAUACUCAGGAGUACCUCGCUCGCUUGGGUAUCAUCGAUUCGCAUGCGAAUUCCAACUCGUCUGUGCAGAACGACAACUGUAAUGAUUUGUUGAAUCAUCGGCAGCCACCUUCGGUUAAUCAGAUGAAUAUGUUCGACGAUGACGGUACCAACGAAACGGAUAUUACCAAUAUUAUUUACGCUAAAUUGAAUGACGUGGCUAGUGAACGAGGAGGCAGUAGUCAAGAAGAAUUAUUAGACCGCACAAGUUCAACGGGUCGAGCCACCUCAGUAGACCGAUCAAUGGUGCUGGACGGCUACCAAGUACCCACCACAACCGGCACUCAGCUCUCAAUGAGCGGCUCUCUCAGCUCAAUCGUGCACAGCGAAGAAGAGCUGACCGGCAGCUACAACUGGGACUACCUGCUAGACUGGGGCCCCCAAUACCAACCGUUGGCUCACGUCUUCUCCGAAAUAGCUCGCCUGAAAGACGACGCCGCCUCGGUGAAAAGCGCCACCAGCGGUACGUCGAGUAAUAAGAGUAAAACUCAUCAAUCAGUCAUGAAAACAGUUCCUCCUCCUUUGAUCACGAACGUAGCGCCGCGCUCUAUAACCGCUCCUGUGAUCAAUUCGAGGCCCACGAUGCAGCACUCGACUCCGGCGCACCAAAAUCAAAUGCUACUGUUACCAAGAUCGCCGAUCAGUCACGAUACCUCGACUGGGUUCUCGACUUCGGCAGCCAUGUCGCCUUCGUUUUCACCUUCGUUGUCGCCACUGGCUACCAGGUCGCCGUCGGUGUCGCCUCUUCAUCUGCAUACGAUGAGUAGUCAUCAUCAUAUGAAACCGAACAGACAUCAUGCCAAUGAGACAGAUAUACGGAUUUAGUUUCGUUUCUGUUCUUUUCUCAUUUCCUAGUAUUGUCCCUCUUUUUUUUCUUUUAUUGCUCAAGUUACCUGUCUUUUAAUAAUUUUCCUCUGUAUAAAUGUGUGUGUAUGUGUCUGUGUUUUGUAUAGUUUUUUUUUUGCUUUGGUACCCUUACCAAUAUAGGAGACUAAUUUUUUACCUGCCAUAAGUUGACGAUGCGACGUUCCUUCAGUUUUAUUGAUGGAUUUACCAAAUUAUUAUUUAUAAUUAGUUUGAAAUUGUGUACUAUACGUUUUUUUUAUACGAUGUUCCGCGAAUAAGUGGUAAAUUUUUCAAUUCAGCGAAUGUAGAUAAUUAUGUUUUUGAGCCUAAUGUAUGAAUUUUAUAUUCCCAAUGUUAUUUUGUAAACACGGUUAGACCAAAGUUCCUUUUUAUUAUUUUUUUUUUACGUUUAAUGUUUAAUAUUUUUUUUAUAUCCGAAAUAUCGUAUUUUUUUAAAAAGAAAAAUCGACUGAUGUAAUUUGUAAGAUUUUAUCGAAUCAAAAUUUAACUAAAUUAAGCAUUAUUUUUGUUUUUUUUCUCUCUUUUAAUCGUGAAUUUUGUAUUUGUAUUUUAAUGUAAAUUAUUUUCCAUGUAAGAACGAUAAUAAUGGCGUUGUUUUUUUCGAAACGCCGAUCAUACUAGUCAUUGAAUAUGUCGUUACGUGGAUUCAUUACUUACUUUAGUAGAUGAGAAACUGAUACACUUUUAAGCAAAAACGCCAUAAUUUUUCUACUUUUUUUUGCAUUUACUAAUUUUAUAUUGAUAUUUAUAACAUAUGGCCAUUUUAAUUAAUUUAUCUACCUAUUUAAAUUAUAUAAUUGGUUACGAGAAACGUGGAUCAAAAUUGAAAAGUAUUUUUAUAGAGUGCCAUAAAUGAAUGUAAUCAUCGUUACAGAUGUGCCAUAUUAAAUCAUUCUGGACCAUGGUUGAUUUUUUUUCACUUGAAUCAUCAAUUUUUUAUUAAUUAAAUUUUUAAAAAAUGAAAAAUGGCCAUUUUUGAUUUUUUUUUUUUGAAAAUGCAUUAAACUGGAUAUGUUUCUUCCAAUAAUUGAUAUAAUUGUGAUAUUUUAAAUUUUCGAACGAAUAUGGAACACGUUAGUGUUACGGCGUUGUUUUUAAAAUAAUUCGUCCAAUACGAUAGUAUUUUUUUUCAUACUUCUUUUUUAUAAUAGUAAUUAGAAGAAAUGUUUUGUGUACCAUGUGAUAACAUAUUUUCAUAUUCGUGUACGAUUUUCAUGUAUAUUUAUUUUUUUUUAUAUAAUUUGUUGUACGAACGCAAUAAAUAUUGUUCAUUUUAA